GCGGUUGCGAAACCGGUUUGUGCGCGCGUGUAUAAAUACGCUGCUUGAUUAAGUAGUUUCGCGAUCUGUGUCUAUUAUAAAUAAGUUUAGUCAGUUUUAUUUAUGUUAUCAAUUAUGGAGACCGAAGAAGAAGAAAGUGGUGGUGAUGUGGAAAUAUUACAUAAAGAAGGAGAUGUUGAUAAAUCUUUAGAGCCAGCAAUAAUACGACGAAUAAAUCAAAUGAUCAAAGAAAAUGAGAAGAGAUUACCUGAGAAGAGAAAAGAGAGAGAGAGUGAAAUUAGCGAUGAUGAUGACUUUAUUACUGUUGAUAGAAGGAGACCUAAACGAUUAAGUAGAAGCUUAUCAGUGGAGAUACAAAAUGAUAAAAGGGUAGAUGAAGAAAAAGAUAGCGGAAUAAAUAAUACCAUACGACAUGAAGUAUGUGUAACUUCGUUAGAAAGUAUACCUAAACAGAUGGCAUUAGCUAAAUUGCUUAGAUCGGAAAACAUUAAAAAUGUAACACGAAUAAAAUACAAAAGCUUCAAUAAAGUUCUCAUACAAUUCAAUGAAAAAAAUGAUGCAAUCAAAUUACUAGACUGCCAGAAAUUUAAAGAUAUGGGAUGUAGAUGUCAGCUAAUAGAUGAGUUAUCCCUAUCCUAUGGUGUUGUCAAAGGGGUGGAUUUGGACUUAACUGAAACUGAAUUAUUGGAUAUAUUUGAAUGUAGUACCAAGGUGAUAUCGGUGAAGAGAUUAAGACGGGUAGACUCGGAAGGUAAAUGGGUUAACAGCGAAUCUGUGAGAAUUUGUUUUAACAACAAUAAUCUACCGGAUUUUGUAUAUGCAUAUGAUUGCCGAUUUAAGGUGGAACCGUACGUUUUUCCUGUGACACAGUGUUCCGGUUGUUGGCAAUUUGGACACAUAAUGAAGUAUUGCCCAACAAAGAAAAAAAUAUGUCCAAAAUGUGGGGGUAAACAUGAUAAUUGCGACCCAAUUAAAAUAUCUUGCCUUAAUUGCAAGGGGAAUCACUUCGUUUUAGAUAAAUCAUGUCCUUUUUUCUUAAAAGAAAAAAAUAUAAGGAAAAUUAUGAGUAUCAAACAAGUGACAUAUAGAAAAGCCCUCCAGCUGUUUAUGCAACAACAACAUGAUACUAUUGGAUUUCAUAAUAACUCGAAAACUUCAAUUGAAACGAAUUUAACAAACGAGUCGGAAACUUUCAGUAGUGUGCUGAAGAAAUCAUUAAAUAAACAAAGCGCAAACCUCAAUUCUCCGGUUAUACGAGAUGAGAGUGUUAGACAAAAAGAAGCGAGUCAACAGCAAGAAGAGCCGUCUCAGUUUAUAUCUUUUAGCAACAUUAACAAUAAUAAGGAAAGAAAAACUACGAAGAAAAAACAGAAUAAGCAUGACACAGCGAUAGUAGAAGAUCCAGUUUAUUUUAGUUCCCAGAAUGAAGAACCAAGUUACCAGAGAGAUGAACAGUUAACUUACAAAUUUGAAUUUAAGAAAUUUUUAAUUAAACUAAAUAAAGCAUUUGUGUCAGAAGGAACUUUUGAAGAUAAAAUAUUAUUAUUGUUUAAAAUCAUAUGUGAAGAACUAAAGAAAAUUGUAGUAAGUUGUUUUAUGAAAGGAAAUUUUCUAGAUACAUUUUUCAGUUUUUUAAAUGGAUAAU